UGGAAACCUAAAAACAUAAUGGUUGAUUUUUCAUUAGCUGAAAUUGGAGCAAUCAAACAGUGUAUUCCAAGUAAGACGAAACAAAGCAAUAGCCUUUUUUGAAGAAAAUGUUUUUGAAGAAAAUGUUUUUGCGAUUUUCAUCGAGAGAAGGCGUGGAACGAAUGGAUUAAGCGCAGUAAUGGAACGUAUCUUUACAAACAUGAGCUAUUACAACUGCUGCGAAAUAUUGCAAAUAGCACAAGUCAAAUCGCAUUACAGAAAACAUUGAAUCAUUGAAAAACAGCCAUCUGUGGAAAGAAUCGCUGCAACUGCAGAAAUACUUUGAUGAAUUUUUGGGAUUACACUUGCAAGUAUUAAUCUCUUCUAUUUUAUGCGUUUUAAUAUCAGUACGCUAAACUGCUCAAAACUGAUACUACCUAUCCAACCUAUGUGUGUUUAUAUAAAUAUAUACAUUACUUUUCAAGAAAUGGGUCCAUUUUUACAGGGAUGAAUCGUUGCGCGUUGCCAUUUAUACAAACAACGGAGUGGAAAGAUAUAAGGAACAGAAUAUCAAAUCAUCCGAUUCGUACAAGUCCUACAGCAAACAAAUCCCAAAGUUCCUGCACAAUAGACCAAAGUAUGUUGUUUCUCAUAUUAUUCAACGGAUGGAAUCUGAAAUUCCAAGUAAAAACAUCAAGAUGGAAACGAGAAAACAUUUCACUGUCACAAGCUCAUCAUCCACAUAUAAAGUUUUCUGGGAUCAAACAACCAAAUGCCUUCCUGCCAAUGUCUUGAUUACAGGAGUCGGAAGAUGCCUUGUAAACACAUCUGUGCUGUUUUUCAACAACCAAAUGUUGGGAAGUUUUCCAAUCAUCCCCUAUUUACUUUAGAUCCCCAUAUAAUUCAACCAAAAGCCAAUAUAAGCCAAACUCGGACUGAUAUCAAACACAAGUCACUGCCAGGAAACUUUGCGCAAUGUCCUAAUUAUGAAAAAGCUCAUUCUUCUGACUGUUUUCUUACCACAACAGAUUAUUACUCCAACUCAAUCCAAAAUGUUAGAAAUAAGUGUGUUCAAAAAGUCAAACAAAUUCAGGAUGAGCUUUACAUUUUGGAUGAUGAGAAAGUUUUGGACAAAACCCAGGAGAUGUUACAAGAGGUAAUACAAUACACAAGAAAAAAUCAUCUUGAGGAAAAUGGAAUUUCAUUGAGAAACAAGUCUUUAUCUCCAAAAAAGAAACAAAUUUCAAAGUGUAGGUCACAAUCUGCUUUGCCAAAACAAAAAUGCAAGAGGUGUCCAAGUAAACAAGUGGGAAGAGCAGAAAGUGAAAAGAUUGAAGUAUUUGAAGAGAAGCUUGAAAAAGAAGAGAAGCAUGAGAAAUGCAAAUUACAAGUAAUAGAAGAGCAACUAGCAAAAAAGAUGAAAAUGAAGAACAAUGAGAAAAUUGAAAAUUCUGAGGAGUGUUGGGUAGAUAUUCAAGGAAUAACGUUGUCAUAUGCUCAGAAAGACGUGCUUCUAAAUCUAAAUGGAUGGAUUUCAGAUGACCAUAUUGAUGCAGCACAGAAAUUAAUAGGUGAUCUUGGUACCGGAGAGGGAGGUCUAAACACAGUCGUAGCAGUCACAUACAUUAGCAAACUCAUAAAUAUUCCGGAAAAUAUCACCCAAGCAAUUCAAUGUCACAAUAUUGGUCACCACUGGGUGGUUUCUACAUCCAUAACUGGUGAAAUAGUAGUCUUUGAAUCUAUGAGUACCAACCUGAAUUCAUCAUUAAAAAGGCAACUCCAGAAUGUUUACAAAAACCUUCAAGAACAGGAUGGUUCUUUAAACGUCAAAGUGAUUCUCCAACAACAUCAAAAAGGAUCAUCAGAUUGUGGUCUUUUUGUUGUGGCAAAUGCUGUUAACCCUUGCUCUGUUACCUGGCUGCAGAAGAAGAUGCAAGUGCAUCUGGUCAAAUGCUUUGAAGAACAAAAAAUCGAGAUGUUUCCCCACAUUGAGAAUGCAAUGCAAACCUGCCAUUCAAAAAAUUAUAUUCUGUGAGAAUAUAGUAAUUGUAAGCAUCUAACAUAAAAAUAAUCAUGUAUCGCUUCACUUUUGCUUGCAAACUUCUACACUGUAAUUGCUCAAAUUGGAGCCCCUUGACAAAUUAUGUAUGUAUUUAUCUGUAAAUAGUAUUAAACAAAAUUAACAUUUUCUAUUUGUGAAUCAUGGACAUGGUAUUUAUUUUUACAACUAACUGGGGACAUAUAACUAAAACAGUCUAGAUAAUGUAGAAAUAAUAAAUUUACCUUAUAAAUUUUACACAGUUGUGUAGCGCGCCCGGAAGAUAAUUUGGUCGUGGUAUGUAAAUUUGAUAUUAUUAUCAUUAAACAUUUCUUUAGAAAUCUGUUGUUUUUACAGUUAGUGAACAAAGAAAUAAUUGUAUAGCAGAGCUAAAUAAAACGGGCUGGAUACGCCACUGUUACGUUCAUUGUA